UAGAAUGUUUAAUAGACAUCAAGUCAUCAAAUACUCUUAUCCCAGGUAUUAAGAUAAUGACUUUGCAAAUUAUGACUUACAGUUUUUCAAUCAUGAGAUAUUAUGGAUUGGCCCAAAGGUGCACCACUUUCAAAUGAUUGAUUUGCUGAGUUAGGAUAAUUAAUGAGUAUCCUUGAUUUAAUAGGUAUUGGAUGCUCAAAGGCAACAGACCUAUUUGAAUUUUGGACCUAUAUCAUUAAUUAUUCCUAGGUGAAUUGGGAAUCACCAUAAUAGUAAUUUAGUGUUUCAUAAUUACAACCCAAAGGUGUAUUAUGGUAAUACUGUUUAUGUUAUUCAUCAUUAUUGCUAACUCAAAGUGUUAAUGUUGUAAGCAUUUUCUUAUUGUUAAUUUUCUUAUUGCAGUAUCUAUUCCUGUUUCGCUUCAUUCGCAAGCUUCAUCUGUUACAAUCUUUAAUGGAACUAAUUUCUCAGAGUAGAAUGAACAAGUCCAGUUUCACCUAGGUGUUCUGGAUCUUGAUUUAGCACUCCGAUCUGAGAAACCGGCUGACAUUACUGAUUUGAGUAGCUCGGAAGAAAGGUCUUUUUAUAAGACUUGGGAAAGAUCGAACAGAUUGAGCAUGAUGUUUAUGCGGAUGAGUAUAGCGAAUAAUAUCAAGUCAACGCUUCCUGAAUGUGACAGUGCUCAAGCAUUAUUGAAAACUAUGGAAGAACGUUUCCGAUCUGCUGAUAAGUCUCUGGCUGGGACAUUAAUGGCUAAGCUUACCACCAUAAAAUUUGAUGGUACUUGUGGGAUGCAUGAGCAUAUCCUUGAAAUGACAAAUAUAGCUGCUAAGCUGAAGGCUCUUGGGAUGGAUGUGAAUGAAUCCUUUUUAGUUCAAUUUAUUUUGAACUCCUUGCCUCCUCAAUUUGGAUCAUUUCAAAUUCACUAUAACACUAUUAAGGAUAAGUGGAAUGUGAAUGAAUUGACCAGUAUGCUUGUUCAAAAGGAGACAAGACUUAAGCAACAAGGACAUCAUUCUGUCAAUCUUGUAAGUCAUGGAGCCAAGAAGAAAUGGAAGAAGCCAAGAAAGGGCAUGAAGAGUGGACCAUCCAAGGGUAAAGAGCCUCAUCAUGAUACCGAGGUUCAUAAGAAGAAACAAAACAAAGAUAGAUGCCAUUUUUGCAAGAAAUUGGGAUACUAUCAGAAGGACUGCCAUAAACGCAAGGCAUGGUUUGAAAAGAAAGGGAUUCCUUACAACCCAGAUGCAAGAUCCAAAUGAGAGUUUUAUCAUUUUGGGGAAUGGGGUUAGAGUUCCUGUAACAGCUGUUGGAACCUAUCGUUUGUUUUUAAAUACUGGUUGUCAUUUAGAUUUGCUUCAGACUCUUUAUGUUCCUUCUAUUUCUAGAAAUUUAAUUUCUGUUUCUAAACUUGAUGUUGAAGGAUAUUUCUUUAAAAUUGGGAAUGGUAGUGUGCGUCUUUUCAAAGACAAUAUCUUCCUUGGUUCUGGUGUUUUGUGUGAUGGCUUAUAUAAAGUAAAUCUUGAUAAUCAUUUUGCUGAAACUCUUAUGACCUUGCAUCGUAAUAUUGGAAUUAAAC